GUACAGACACGAUCGAACAUGGCCGUCGGUCGAAUCCUGUAUUGUGAUGCAUCCUUGUUGAUAUUUGAUGCUUGCAAAUCUAUGAAUUAGGAGUUUGAUUCUGCAACGUCUAAGGAGGAUUUAAACCAGUAUUCUGUGUUUGACUUGAUUUAAAAUGAUGGAUGUUAAGAGUUCUUAAGUAAGCAUAUUUGGCCGUGGAUAAAUAGGCCUAAAAAUAGCUAGCAUCGUCUGACUGAGAGAAGAGUGAGGGCGGAGGUAUUCAUUCAUUUGCCCUCCGCUGUGAGUUUGUGUUUUAAGGCUAGACCUGGAGCGUUGACCCAGAGCCUAGGCUAGGGUUGCAGUACCACGUAUGAACACGAACAACCGUCAAUCUGAAAGUUAGGGUGCAUUUCUUGGCAGGGAGACAAAGAGGUGCUGUGCUUGUCUGAGGGCCAUGUGAAAUGGGACAAAACCCAUCGAAAGAUGAGACGCGGAGGUCGUCGAGAAGGAAGGGGGGAGGCAAGUCCACCGAUCUAGGUAGAGGUAGUAACAGCAAUGGAAGCGGAAGAUGGCACAGGUAUUUCCAGCUGGAAAGAACCAAGGAUAGUGGUAUAGACAAGAUACAUUCCCGACCCCUACCACAUACCCCUAUGAACUCCGAGAUCUCAAAAUGGAAUUCCUCAGAUGAUAUCUUUAAUUUUGACCCAGAUGUAUUUGUUAUAUUAUAUGAUUUUAUGGGAAGUAGUGAUGGGCAGCUAGGUGUGAAAAAAGGGGAAAAAGUAAAAAUUUUAUCAUACAACUCAAACGAAUGGUGCCAAGUCAAAAGCAGUAGCACAGGUUGUACAGGAUGGGUACCAUUCAGCUACGUAGCCCAGGUUAAUAGUCUUCAUAAUCAUGCUUGGUACCAUGGUGCAAUCUCGCGCAACAAUGCAGAAUACCUCCUCAACAGUGGAAUUGACGGCAGCUUCCUGGUCCGAGAUAGUGAAAGUAGUUCCGGUCAGCUAUCAAUAUCGCUACGCUUUGAUGGAAGGGUAUUCCACUAUCGAAUAAGUAAUUCUUCUGAUGGGAGGGUAUAUGUCACUUCGGAGAGUAGGUUUAAGAGUGUGGCCCAGCUUAUACAUCAUCAUUGCAAGGUGGCCGAUGGGCUAGUAACGACACUCAAGUAUGCUGUGGCCAAGAAGGACAAGCCAACAAUAUACGGCGUGUCCCCGCAACCUGACGAGUGGGAAAUAGAAAGGACAGAUAUUAUUAUGAAGAAUAAACUAGGUGGUGGACAAUACGGUGAAGUCUAUGAAGCAGUAUGGAAGAAAUAUACCAGAACAGUUGCUGUGAAAACAUUAAAGGAGGAGACGAUGAAGGUAGAGGAAUUUAUGCGAGAGGCAGCUGUCAUGAAAACUAUUAAACAUCCAAAUUUAGUACAGUUACUUGGUGCAUGUACAAGGGAGCCCCCAUUUUACAUAGUCACAGAAUUUAUGCAGCACGGCAAUCUUUUGGAUUAUCUGCGGGACAACGACCAAACUACGCUACCUGCCAUCGCAUUACUACACAUGGCAACGCAAGUUGCAUCAGCCAUGAGCUACCUAGAAGAAGUCAAUUUCAUUCACAGGGAUCUAGCAGCAAGGAACUGUCUUUUGGGGGAGAACCAUCUUGUGAAAGUUGCUGACUUUGGCCUAGCUCGCAUCAUCCAAGGGGAGGUGUACACAGCCCAAGCCGGGGCAAAGUUUCCCAUUAAGUGGACAGCACCUGAGAGCUUAGCAUACAACAAAUUUUCCAAUAAAUCAGAUAUAUGGGCUUUUGGGAUACUACUCUGGGAAAUAGCCACAUAUGGAGCCUCUCCUUAUCCUGGUGUUGAACUGCAGCAUGUGUAUGAGAAAUUAGAAGCUGGAUACAGAAUGGAACGACCAGAAGGUUGCCCUGGAGAUGUGUACAACCUUAUGAAGAAAUGCUGGGAAUGGAUGCCAGUUGACAGGCCCAACUUUCGUGAUGUUUAUGAAGAAAUAAAUAAUAUGUUUCAACACUCUAGCAUUAGUGAAGAGGUUGAAAAGAGCUUGGGUGGUGUUGUGGAUCAUGGUAUUCCAGGGCAAAAUCCUAAUGGCAAAGUUAAUUCACCUGAAUCAAAGAAGAAAUCAUCAGGUAUUGGAAUGUUCUGGAGAAAAGAUAAAGAGAAACGAAAAUCAAACACAAGCAAUGGCGUGAUGGAUAGUAAAGAUAACAGACAUUCACAGGAAAUCAUGGACAAUUCAGAAGACAAACAUUCCCCAUUGGAAAGUAGAAAUUCAAAAAAUAGCCCAAGCAAUUCUAGUAAUGUUAGUGACGGAAGUGCAGAGGGUAUAACAUUCAUGAAACAGCAGUCUAUUGAGAAAUGGCAGAAGUCUGCACAGGAGCAGCAAGUCACAGGCCAUGUCGAUGGUAAAUCUGCUCGGCAUGGUCCAAGAAGGGACAGCAACUCCAGUAAGAACCAGUUAAGCCAAUCAGCAACAUCGCCGCAGGGGGUCGUGGGUUACCCACCCCGGAAAAACAGUAAGCCUGCGUUCACUCCCCCCAUGCCACCACAACAGACUCCAUCUCAUUCUAAACAGUUUUCAUCAAACAGAACUGUCCCAAGUAUUUUGAAACCAACUCCAAUUGGUCAAAAGCCCAGAAUUACAAGCCCCAAGCCAAAUAGAAAAAAGGGACCACUUCCUCAAAAGCCAGAUCCAAUGGGCCCAAAGCCAGAUCUAAUGGGCCCAAAGCCGAAGGUGACUUCUUCACAAGGUACAAAUGCUGUAUCGCAGUUGAAACCAGUGCCGCAACCUCAAGCACGGUCGAAGCGUGGCACGAUAGGUAGGGAUGACUUGUCUAUGAGUAUAGGAAAGGUCACUAAGGAAUCCUUAUUAAAACUAUCAGAUUCCUUAACAGCUCGAUUUGCAACAAUACUAGAUAGGAAUGAUUACAGUAAGAGUAACGAAUUAUGUGAUGACAUUGAAAUAUUUCAUUUAUCAUGCCAAAAAUAUGUUGACUUUUUGGCUGUACGUUAUAGGUUCUCUUUCCUCGAAACACUGAAUGACUUUGAUACACAUUUUAAGAAUCUUAAAAUCAAGUACACGUCUGGAAAACAGAAAGAAAUUGAACAAAUUAUUAGAAACUUGUUCAACAUGACAACAGACAUUAAGGCUAAGAUUCAGAAAUAGGUCAAAUUCAAAUGGUGAUCUUCCAUUAAACAAUAUGAAUUCGAUUAUUUCCACAUUUGUGUUUUGUCGUAAACUAUCCUGUAAAUAUUUUUGUUUGUAAUUUUCUUUAAACAACAUGUACAAUGGUUUUCUCAUUUUUUUGUUACUCUUGUCUGUAACCUGAGCUAUGCAAAUUGUUUUUACUAAGGUAUCGAGAUUAGGGGCCUAACCUAAAUACACGUGCUAAUAUUUGGUACAGGAGACUUGGUUUUCAUUCUGUUACUGGUUUUUCCCCGCACAAAUAGGGUUAUUGACCAGCAAGCCUGCAGUAUUUCUAUGCAAUAUGCUAAUUCAUACCGAGUCUAAAUACUUUAAAUCAGGAAUAUUUUCGCGUAUAAUGUUUUGAAUUUAUUGGUUAUUUCUUUCUUCUGUAAAUUUUGAUAAAGCGGAUUUUAGAAAAGGCACAAUUCACUCUUGCAUACCAAUAAAUCCAUGUAACUUUUAUUUGUAUUGAGCUCUGUCCACAUUUUCAAAUUUUAUUUGACAAAAAUCUGUUGUAUGCCCAUAUAUAGUCAUGAAGUGCCUAUAUAUGGUCAUGAUAUAAUGUCAUCAUGCCCAUAUUUAGGCACAUCAAAUUUUUGUCAAAU